AUGGGGUGCACGGGUCUUCUAUUCUCAUUUGUGGUCGAAAUAGAAAAUUUAACGCAAGAUGUAUGGGUUUUCUACGAAAGAGGUACGGGUUUAUAUCAGGAUGUAAGGAUUUUUCCAUGGUGCAUGGGUGUUUUGAGGUGUACGGGUGUGGUUUUGUGGGGUACGGGUGUGUUCUCUUUUUGUGUCAUCCACCAACACCCACCAUUGGUGGUACAAACAGGAUUUACAUGUUGCAACUACUUCUUCUUUCUAAAGACCGGCAUUUUUGCGAUCUUAGUGCUGAAAUUGGCCGACGAACCUGUGAUUUUCUUCAAAGCAAGUCAUUAUGUAGCACAGAUACAAACUAGCAGUCUUGCAGUUCGAGAUAUCACUAUUUUGAAAUCAAAUUCACAAAGUUUCAAGGUGUUUGAAAAAGGAAACAGAGAGACCGUAAUUUUUGAUAUGGAAAGAUCAUAUGAGUAUACGAACUGGAUAUUAUUACUGAAACAAAGACAAGCGAUAAGUAUUUUUCCACAUUCAGAAUCGGUUAUGGAUUUGUAA